CUAGUUUGCUUCAAGUAGUCUGCUACAACAAACGUUUCAAUCAACCCCAACACUCGUCGAUGCCAUGUCUGCUGCUUUUCGAAUCUCUCCAGCCCUAUGGGACAAAAUUCACCACUUUGCAAGCUUUCCUCAGACCGGCGUCUCGCUGCAGCAGAUGGUACUCUUCGGUCAACAUCCAAGUCAGGGAACUCUCCUCAAGGCCAGCCAGUUCCUCGCAGAAGAGCUCCCCGUCCGCCUCGCGCAUCGUGUCAAGGAGCUCGAUGAGCUUCCCCACAAUCUCAGUGACAUGCCUUCCAUACGAAAGGUCAAGAACUGGUAUGCCCAGUCCUUCGAGGAACUCAUCAACUUUCCUCCCGUCCAACUCCCACAACACCUUCGCCAACAGCUUUCCUCCACAGGCCAGGAUAUCUUCUUACCCGACAGCACCCCAAACCCAAGUCUUGCCGCCUUGCAGGACCACGAUCACCCUCUCUUCAACUUAUCCCGUCUCAAAGGCAAUGCCAACGGCAUCGGUAACGUCAAGCUCAGGGUCCCUUUGGAACGCAGAUAUUACGCAAAGUCAUCAUCCAUCGACUGGCCACCCUCCGUCCUUGACUACAAUGCUCGUUUCACCCGCAUGCUCGAGGCCAUCAAACGCAGGCACGACCCUACAGUCACAACAGUCGCACAGGGCGUCCUAGAAUGGAAGCGCAGUCAGAACGCAAAGAACAUUGGCCUUGAUAUACAGGCUUGGCUUGAUAGAUUCUACAUGAGCCGCAUUGGUAUCCGCUUUUUGAUCGGCCAACACGUCGCACUAAACACGCAACAGCCACACAAAGACUAUGUAGGCAUCAUCUGCACUAAAGCUAAUGUACAUGAUAUCGUACAGGAAGCUAUCGAAAAUGCCCGCUUCGUCUGCGAGGAACACUACGCCAUGUUCAAAGGCCCCCCUGUUCAACUUAUCUGCCCUCCAAACCUUAUCUUCCCCUAUGUCCCAGGCCAUCUUUCCCACAUCUGUUUCGAACUCCUCAAAAACUCCCUCCGUGCUGUCGUCGACCGCUUUGGCCACGAUGCACAAGACGACAAACCAUACCCGCCCAUCAAAGUUAUCGUUGUCGAGGGCAAGGAGGAUAUCACCAUCAAAAUCACCGAUGAGGGCGGGGGGAUUCCGCGUAGCGCCAUUCCCCUUAUUUGGACAUACAUGUAUACGACUAUGACGGGACAGAGCAUUGAUCAAGACUUUCAAGCUACCGAUUUUCAAGCUCCGAUGGCAGGAUUCGGAUAUGGACUGCCAUUGUCGAGACUGUAUGCGAGGUAUUUUGGAGGUGAUUUGAGAUUGAUAUCUAUGGAAGGAUAUGGCACGGAUGUGUACAUUCAUCUCAAUAGGCUUUCGAGCAGCCGGGAGCCUCUUCCGUGAUCCGCGAGCGUCUGCCUGGUUGAUAUUAUUUGCGGUAGAAGGGCUUUGUAUACAAUACAAUGAGGGACCUGCUAGUAGAUCCACUCGAUAAGUACUAAAUGUAGUUUACGGUAUACUGGCUCAGACUGACGACAGUUUCACGACAAGCAUUAUGAUGCUGCAUUUAAUGCAAUGUAUAUAUUUUCAUAGGUAGCAUAGCACAAGCAUAGCAGAAUCAAAGGUUGAAAUAUAAACAAGGAUUCCUUCAGCUGACAUGGGGAGGGACAGAC